AUGGGUGACGAAAAAGUUGCUGCAGAAAUUGAUAAAGGUCCACGCUUUGGUGUACGUCAUAUCCAGACACUUUUACUCUUCCUCUGCAUUACCGUUGCUUAUUUGGGUCGUUUGAAUAUCUCGGUGGCCAUUGUGGCUAUGACGAAUGCUGCGAGUACAAAUCCCAACUUUCAGGAAUUCGACUGGACAGAAAAAGAGAAAAAUUACAUAAUUUCCUGCUUCUACUGGACCUACGUGGUCGCACAAUUUCCCGGCGGUUAUCUGAGUAGGCGCUUUGGCGCCAAAAUUUUAACAGGCAUUUGUCUUUUCGGCUCAGCCGUGUGCAGUCUGCUUACACCCUUCCUCGUGCCGUGGGGUGGUUGGCAAGUUUUUUGUGCUAUACGCAUCAUGCAGGGUCUCUUUCAAGCGCCAAUCUUUCCAGCCAUACAUCAACACAUUGCAAAGUGGUCCCCAGCAGAUGAACGUAAUAUGCUCGGUGCGCUCACUUAUUCUGGCGUUGAUUGCGGCACGGUGUUGGCUAUGCUAGUGAGCGGUUUGAUAGCGAGUAGUACGCUCGGUUGGCCAGGUAUUUCGUAUAUUUCAGCAGGCCUUGGCUUAAGCUGGUGUGUGCUGUGGUUCAUAUUAGCAGCGAAUGAUCCACCAUCCUCACGUUUCAUAACGAAAGCGGAAUGCGUAUACAUUGAGGCAUCAAUGAAGCGGGACGAUGAUUUUCAUAAGAAGAAAAUUCCAGUGCCGUGGUUAGCCAUGUUUACAUCGGUGCCCUUCCUGGCGUUGCUGGUGGUGCGUUGUGCCGAGACGUGGGGCUUCAGCACUAUACAAUCGCAAAUACCGUCAUACAUGAACGGCGUAUUGCAUAUGAAUAUUAAGAGUAAUGCAUUCUUCUCUGCGCUGCCGUAUAUAGCGCGUUGGAUUAUGUCCUACACAUAUCUCUAUUUCGGCAAUAUGGCCGUGCGAAAGGGUUGGCUCACGUUGACGGUUAUGCGUAAGAUUGCAAACACGAUGGCGCUAUGGUUGCCGGCACUUAUUAUGAUUGGCGUGGGUUUUCUCGAUGACAGAAAUAAGUCGUUGGCGAUUGCACUGAUGGUUAUGAAUGUCGGUUUCAAUGGUGGCGCUACCGUUGGUUGUGUACUAAGCACAAUCGACUUAUCACCAAAUCACGCGGGUGUUGUCAUGGGUAUUACAAAUCCGGUAGCUAAUGUUGUGCCCUUGAUUACGCCAUUAGUUGUGGGUGUCAUAGUAACAGAUGUGCAAAAUCGUUCUGAAUGGCAAAUUGUAUUUAUUAUUGCAGCUGUUAUUUUCUUUGUUGGCAAUUUAAUAUUCGUACUAUUCGGCUCUGCCGAAACCCAACCAUGGGAUGACCCCGAUUUUUUGCGUAAAGAUAAUGUGGAAGAAACAAUUAAAAUCGAUCGACCGAAGAGCGUUUUUAAGGAAAUUUUUGGUGCGGAUGAUAAGGUGCUAGAACACAUUGAGGGCUGGCCGGUGGAGAAACGAGGAAAUGAGAAAUCAAACGAAGAAGAAAACGAAGCAGCUAAACGAUAUUAA